CUUCUUCCUAACCCUAACCCUAACCCAACAACGCUGUAAUAAACCCAAAUGGGAUUUGCACAAAAGCAAAAAACUAAAAAGCCAAAAAAAAAAAAAAAUAAAGAAAAUAAAAUAAAAUACCAACACCAUCUCCAAUAUUAACCCAACACAACUCGUUUCUCUUCCCCUCCUUCUCCCUUUCUUAGAACUCUUUAUUACCUUAUUCCCUCCAAACCCUGAACUACCUCUCCCUUACUCCCAUAAAGGUAGCUUAGCUUCAGAUGCCAAUCAUCAAAUUAACCAAACCCCUUCACUCAUAGAGAUCAUCAUCACCAAAUGGUGCUUUGUUCAGCUCAAAUUUUUGGUGGGGUUUUGCAAAAGACCUUAAUUAAUUAAUUCCCUUCUUCUCUCUUUCCUUUUAUGUUGAAGGUAAGUACUAAGUAGCAUGCUCCCAAUACCUCAAAGUAACCAAACCAAAACCAUCUAGAUCUCAUCUAUUACCCUUUCAAUUAGCUUGGACUUUUUUUUAUUUUUGGCUUGUGGGUGUUAAUUGUUCAAGGCCUCAAAAUCUAGGGUUGUGAUAAAUGGAUCCUGUUGCAGCACAAGGACGUCCUCUCCCUCCACCUUUUCUAACUAGAGAUCUUCACUUACACCCUCACCAUCAAUUCCAGCCCCACCACAACAACCAAAACACCGAGGACGAAGCCGGCAAUGGCCGCGGCCAGAAGCGAGAUCGCGAUGAGAACGUCGGUGGCGGAGGCGGGGCCACCACGCCCCCACACGGCGGCGGGGAGGGCAAGGAACCCGGGUCAGAAGAUGGAGGAGGAAGUGACAUGGGGAGAAGACCAAGAGGAAGACCCGCAGGGUCCAAAAACAAGCCCAAACCACCCAUUAUCAUCACAAGAGACAGUGCCAACGCCCUCCGAUCCCAUGUCAUGGAAAUCACCAACGGCUGUGACAUCAUGGAGAGCGUCACCGCCUUCGCGAGGCGGCGGCAGCGUGGCAUCUGCCUGCUCAGCGGAAGUGGCACCGUCACCAACGUCACACUCCGACAGCCGGCCUCGCCAAGUGCCGUCGUGACCCUUCACGGAAGGUUCGAGAUUCUGUCCCUGUCCGGUUCAUUCCUGCCGCCGCCGGCUCCGCCAGCGGCGUCAGGACUAGCCAUAUAUCUGGCUGGCGGACAGGGACAGGUAGUAGGUGGAAGUGUGGUGGGACCCCUUGUGGCUUCAGGCCCUGUGGUCAUCAUGGCUGCUUCAUUUGGUAAUGCUGCUUAUGAGAGACUACCCUUAGAGGAAGAGGAAACUCCGGUGCCAUAUCAUGGCACCGAAGGAUUAGGGUCCCCGGGAAUCCCGGGGACUCAGCAACAAUCACAAUCGCAGCCGCAACAGCAACAACAACAGCUUGUGGGAGAUCCAAAUAGUUCUUCUCUUUUCCAUGGAGUGCCUCAGAAUCUUCUCAAUUCAAUUCAAUUACCGGCUGAGGGUUAUUGGGGUGGCAGUGCUCGCCCUCCCUUUUAACAAAGUGUUUUACUUUCAUGGUUUUUUUCUCGGUUAUCUUUGUUUUCUUCUUUUUCUUAUUUUAUUUUUGUUUGUCUUUUUUUUUUUUUAAUUUCGACUUUCUCUUAUUAUCAUCACUGUUCAUUCUCCUUCUUGCUUAAUUAUAAUUUCGUUUACUCUUAA